AAGAAGCGUAUCCCCUACCCAGUCCUCAGGGGUUACCAUUACCACGGUCCCCCUUUCAAAGAACCUCGACAGAGACGGGACUAAAAAAAGACAAAGACCGGAGUAAAAAAACUGUGUCCCCCAUCCUGCAACCCGCGAUCCCCCUCGCGGCCCCAAAGGACCCCUUCCCCUCGGCACGUUUUUCCCCCCGGCCCAACAAAUCCACUGGCACUUCUCGUCAGUCGACGACCAAGAGACUCGUACGUACGUGCUGCUUAUGCUGACGUUCGACGACAAUCGCUAGCCCAAGCCACCGAUACUUUAAUAUUUAUCCUUUUUCUGUGAUAUAUACAUACACACACACACAUAUAUGUAAUAUAUAUACGUAUAUACAUAUAUACACACAUACACACAUGUGCACCAAUGCGAUACAUGUUAACACGUGCAAAACGAUACGCUGGGACCGCCGAUUUUUUAGUUUUUUUUUAUUUGUCAUAAAUCCUCAGGAGUGAUCGGCAAAUUUAUCCUUAAAAGCUCCGAAAAUCUUUUCGAGUAAGAAAGUAGUACGACCAACAAUCGCCAGACAAAAGUGACCAAUCGUUUAAUAUUUUUAAUUAAAAAUAUAAUUUUAAACCGAUUUUUUAUUAUUUUUACACGAAAAAGUGUUUCAAAAUUGCGCGAAAAUUUGUUUACAUUCAACACGUGUCCUUGACUUUGGAGCAGUGAGAUCGAUUGGAGGACCUGUUGAUAUUAUUUUACAAAAUUAUUUGAAGAGUUUUAUAAGCUUACAAUCAUCUCUGUGGUUGAUUUUAUUAAUAAAAAAUAAAAUAAUAAAUCGUGAGCUGCAGAAUUUAUUGUAUCGAUCGAGGAGAUUAUUGCUGCUGGAGAUCGAGGAGAAACGAGUGAUAAUAAUAACAAGGCAUUAUAUUUUAUUAAGUGGGAGAAGUAAAUUCAGUGGACAGCUGUGCUGGUACCGGUCGGUCAUCCGGUCUUUGAAAAACACGCCAAGAUACGGGAUGCGUUUUCAACACUAGUUUUUUUUUAUAUUAAAUUAUUUUUUUUUUAAAUAUUAUUUUGAGUCUAUUAUCGAUUAUUGUGAUUGAGGAUUAAAGAUGUAUAAUUUGCUUCGGGGGUUGAGCACAUAUCUAAAAUGGCAGGACAUAAAGACCGACUCAAUGGUGUUUCGGAUGCACAACAUCUUCACCACGGUGUUGCUCCUCAUGUGCUCGAUGAUUAUCACCGCCACCCAGUACGUCGGUAAUCCGAUAUCCUGUAUUGUCGGUAAGGAUCUGCCGAACAAUGUUGUUAAUACUUUUUGCUGGAUUACUUCCACGUUUACUAUGCCUGAUGCGUUUAAUCGUCAGGUUGGCGUAGAAGUAGCACAUCCUGGAGUAUCAAAUGACUUUGGCGAUGCCGGAGCAAGGAAAUACUAUACUUAUUAUCAAUGGGUCUGCUUCGUUUUGUUCUUCCAGGCGAUGUUUUGCUACCUUCCGCACUGGCUGUGGAGUCUUUGGGAAGGUGGACUCGCGAGCACCCUAGUUAUGGGUCUCAAUCAUGGGCUAGAUAAUGAGGAAACGAUAUGCAAGAAGAAAAACACGUUGAUGGACUAUUUGGUGACUCACAUCAAGAGCCACAAUAUGUACGUGUACCGUUAUUUCAUCUGCGAAGUAUUGUGUGUAAUAAACAUCUUUGUCCAAUUAUAUCUAAUGAAUCGUUUCUUUGACGGAGAAUUUAUGAGCUAUGGUCUGCGAGUGCUGCAAUUCUCGGACACACCGCAAGAAGAACGAGUUGACCCGAUGGUCUACGUAUUCCCGCGAGUAACCAAGUGCAUUUUCCACAAGUACGGAGCCUCUGGAACGAUCCAGACCCAUGAUUCGCUCUGCAUCCUGCCGUUGAAUAUCGUCAACGAGAAAACUUACAUCUUCAUCUGGUUCUGGUACAUAAUCCUCUCGAUCUUCUUGGUCGGGCUGAUGAUCUACCGCGCCGGGCUCAUUUUCUUGCCCUCAGUUCGGCCCUACGUACUCAAGUACUCCGGAAGAUUGCUGUCGAUCGAGACCUGCUCGAACAUCAGCAAAAAAUUGGACCUCGGGGACUGGUGGCUGCUCUACAUUUUGCAAUCAAACAUGGACUCGCUUGUUUAUCGCGAGUUGCUCGAAGAGCUCACUAAGAAAGUCGGCAGCCAUAUGUCGCAGCCAGUUAAUCAAUAGUUUCUUUUAGUUUAGUUUUUAUUUAAAUGUCAUUAUCAUUAUAAUUAGUUAAAAUUUUAUUUUGAAAAUUUUUAUUUUAAUAUUGCGUCUCUGGUAAUUAAAAUUAUUUGAAAAUUUUGAAUUUUUUAUGAUGGUACUACUAACAUAAAAAAUUUUAAUUAAAAAAAAAUAAUAAUUUGAAAUAUUUAGUUUCAAUUUUAGAAGAAAUUUUUUGACCAAAAAUUUCAUAAAAUUUUCAACAAGAGACGUAACAUUUAAAUUAAAUUUCAAUCUCUAGUGAUAACCGAAGAAAUUUUUUUAUCUUUACAAUUAUAAAAAGACAAUUAAUAUGUGAUUUAUAUUAUAUUAAUCUAACACUGAUAUUAACAAUGACCAAUUAUUUUAAAGAUUAAUUAAAUAAAUGUAUACGACAUAAUCAUAUGGUCAUAUAUUGCAUUUCUGUAAUAUGGUCACAUAUAUAUUUAAUUAAAAAAGAACAAUUAUUAUGACUAAAAAAAAAUUAUUUUCAAAUUUUACAAGACUUGGAUUUUUACGAUUUAUCUAUUUUAUAUAUUUUUUUUGAUAAAAUUUUAUACGCUCAGAAUCAUGUCAUGUAUCGGAUGUUUGUGAAAUAAAUUAAUCGAAAAGAAUUUUUACUGAGAAGAAAUCGAUUUCUUUUGACUGCUCAACAAUUAUUUGUAUAUUCCCGGUGGUUAAAAUAAUGUAUGGAAUGUUUUAUUGUAAUAAAUGUUAUAUUUAAAAUAAAACGACAAAUGAAUAUUUUACAUGACAGGGAGACUGAGACUGAGAUAAAUUAAUGUUAUUGAAGCCACGAGAUUAAAGGCUGUUUAUUAAUAAACAAAGUAAAUUGAAUAAAAUGAAAUACUGUAAUUUCAAGAACAAUUGUGUACAAUAAUUAAAAUUUCAUCGAGGAUUCGAUGGUUGUGAUACAGUAAUGUAUUUUUGAAUUGAAUGGUUAUUAAAUUUUUGAGAUUUUUAGUCCAGUGGUCUAUAGGUAGUUUUUAUUAUUUAGUAAUUAAUGCUUAAGCAUAAGUCAUGUAUAAGAUUUUUAUUUUAAGAGAGAUAAAUAAUGAAGAAUGUAUUGUAUUAAUUAUUUACUAAA